AUGGCGCCAAAGGCUAGGAAAAAAUCUCCACCGUCCGACCCCGACGGGAUGUUCUCCGGUAUGGUCGUCUUCUUAAUCGAAACCGCCAUUCAAGCUCGUCGACUACAGAUCUGGAAGCAAAAAUUGGUGCAAAUGGGGGCGCAAAUCGAGGAAGCUUUUUCCAAGAGAGUUAACCACAUUUUUGCGGCGGACUCCAACUCGCUUUGGCAAAAGAUGGAAGGCAAAAGCUUAAAAGGCUUCAAAGGAAAAGUUCUCAACUAUCAAUGGCUGGAGGACAGCCUGAGAAUAGGAGAGAAAGCAUCCGAAGACCUUUACAUAAUAUCAUCCGACACCCGAGGAAUUAAUAAAAGCGAAGUCACUGAGGAGAAGAAUCAUCCGGGACAUAUAAAUCCAAAUCAUUUGAGUACAGAAGAUCCACAUCCGCAAAAGAAGAUUAAACCCUCUCCAGAGGCCUCCAAAACUGGAUUAGAACGAGAAGACAACGGAUCAGUCAAUGCCAGUGGGUCAUCUCGCUCGCCUAGCUCUUUAGGCCCAGAUGUCACAAGUCCAAGCUCGGACGGUUUAAAUACAGCUGACUCAUCAUCUGAAGCAUCAUUGUUGUACAGCCCUCCAGAUCUGAACAGGAAUAUAACUGAGAUAUUUGGAAAGCUUAUCAAUAUAUACAGAGCCCUGGGUGAUGACCGCAGGUCUUUUAGCUAUUAUAAGGCUAUCCCAGUUAUCGAAAAACUGCCUUUUAAAAUUGAAAGUGCUGACCAAGUGAAAGAUCUACCUGGUAUUGGAAAGUCAUUGCAAGACCAUAUUCAGGAAAUUGUAAACACUGGGAAGCUUUCCAAGUUGGAGCACUUUGAGAAGGACGAAAAGGUACGCACAAUCAAUUUGUUUGGAGAAGUAUGGGGUAUUGGACCUGCCACAGCAGUGAAACUUUAUGAGAAAGGAUACAGGACCCUUGAUGAUUUGAAAAAUGAGGAAUCAUUAACAAAUUCUCAGAAGUUGGGCUUAAAAUACUUUGAUGACAUCAGGACGAGAAUUCCCCGCCAUGAGGUCCAAGAAAUGGAAAGUCUUAUACAGAAAGUUGGAGAAGAGAUUUUGCCUGGGGUAGUAAUCGUUUGUGGAGGAUCAUACAGACGUGGAAAGGCUUCUUGCGGGGACAUGGACAUUGUGAUUACGCACCCUGAUGCCACAAGUCCAAUGAAUGGAGAGACGGAGGCGGCGGCGAUGAUGAUGCUUCGCCAUUGGAACUUGGCUGCGUGCGUCGCGCAUAAAGGGGGCGGCGAGAACCCCAACUUCCACGUCGACGGUGCAUGGGACGUGGCGCUGUGUGUGCUGCCACUGUUCCGCUUGUUCUCUCUGGCGAUGGCGCUCGUGAGCCUGAGGGUGGGGGCGGCCAUGGUGGUGGUGGCAGCCGAUGGGAUGGAUUAG